CCAAAACAACCGCCGCGACAGGCACGAAAGCGCGUAUCAUAACAGUACUCGUACUCGGAGUGUGAAGAAGUUUCGAGUGAGCUCGCUGUUCCUUCUUCUGUCUGUCCACUUCUGGUAUACAUGUCAUUGGAGUAAUAUCGUCAAACUUGUGCAUCUGUACGCCGCGCCUUGCCUCCUUAAUACGCAAAUCUUCCUGAGCCUCAUUCAAAAAUGAACAGAAUCCCAGUUGUGCUUAACAUAGAUGAAAUCGAGUAUCUUUUGGAUCAGCUGCCUCCCCCUGAUAAGGAAGAAGAUCCAGUAAUUACCAAGCUUCGAGAGAAGCUCAAGCUUUCCUUGCAAGAAGUACGAAAAAACGCCGAGUAGACAUGACAGAAAAUACAACACGACAGCCGAAGAAGCACGAUGCGAACUCUGGCUGCCUCGGAAGGACCUGAAGUUUAAAAGUAGAUAGAGGUCAUGAGUUAAGAGUUGAUCAUGUCAUA